AUGGAAAAGUUAGAUACUGUAACAAAUGAAUCUCCUAAAAUGAACAAAUUAAGAAGAAGUUUAACUAUGAGUUUGUAUUUUAUUGGUAUAUCAACAGUAUCAUGGUUUAUAUGUACCACUAGCAGAAGAAAAGAAUGGGCAGAUAUAAUGUUGGAUUAUGUUCACCAUAAAAGAUGCUCUUUCUUGUCAAAUUCAUGGGAAUCAUUUUUGAAAAGGCUUAAAUCAUAA